UGGGCCGCCAGACACCAGGCGCUCGCCGUCUGGUUGCACUGUCGAUUCAUCCUCGGCGCAUGCGCACUGGGCCUUGAACGCAGUACGCCGGCCAUGGGCGCGGCGGUGUGAGUGGGGACGCGGCGGCAGGCGGUGGUCGGGGAGGUCGGUGGGGGGAAACGCGUUUGGUGGAUGUGGUCAGGUUCGGCGGCCAUAUUGGAUCCGACGGGCACUGCGUUGAGCGCGCGCAAGGUUCUGCUGAGUCACGUGUUUGACGUCAUAGUGUGACGCGCAAGAUACCGCGCAGUGAGCUGAAUACAGGCGGCCCCAUUCCCGGCGUCAGCCAGACAGAAACAAAAGACAGCCAUGUCUUACGAGCCCUACGGUGGACAGCAAGGCGGCGGCAAUCCCGGCUACCCCCAGCCUGGAGGUUACCCCCAGCCUGGAGGGUACCCCCAGCCGGGAGGCUACCCGCAACCCGGAGGCUACCCGCAGCCUGGAGGCUACCCGCAGCCCGGAGGAUAUCCACAGCCUGGAGGAUAUCCGCAACCAGAAGGAUACCCUCAGCCCGGCGGGUACCCACAACCUGGAGGGUAUCCGCAGCCAACCGUAGACCAGCCGCAACCCGGGGGGAUGAUGCCGGCGCCGUCCGGUCCCCCGGGCUGCCCCCCGGGACUUGAGUAUCUCACACAGGUCGACCAGCUCCUUGUCCAACAAAAGGUGGAGAUGUUGGAGGCCUUUACUGGCUUCGAGACGGCGAACAAGUACACGGUCAAGAACAGCCUUGGUCAAAAGGUGUACUUCGCCGUGGAGGACACAGAUUGCUGCACGCGCAACUGCUGCGGCCCGGCGCGACCGUUCGACAUCAAGAUCAUGGACCACAGCCAGCGCGAGGUAAUUCACCUGGACCGACCGCUGCGCUGCCAGAGCUGCCUCUUCCCCUGCUGUCUGCAGGAGAUGGAGGUACUCUCCAACCACUCGCUGCUGGGCAUCGUCAAGCAGAACUGGUCGCUGUGCUCACCCUCGUUUGACGUCAUGAACGAGGGCGGCAACACCAUCCUGAAGAUUGAGGGGCCCGUCUGCACGUGGUCCAUCUGUGGAGACGUGGUGUUCGACGUGCUGUCGGCCGACGGCAACCACAAGGUCGGCAAGAUCACCAAGCAGUGGACCGGCCUGGUGAAGGAGGCGUUCACCGACGCGGACAACUUCGGGGUCAGCUUUCCCAUGGAUCUAGAUGUGAAGAUGAAGGCCACGAUGCUCGGCGCCUGCUUUCUCAUCGACUACAUGUUCUUUGAAAAGGCCCAGAAUAAGGAGAGCGAUGGCGUUGGAAUGUUUUAGACUACGGCCGGACUGUGUGCUGCCCAGCAACCUCCGAAUAACGCUGGAUGACAUUUGCUGCCAAUGUUUUGGAGCGCAUGCUACGUUUUGCUUGAGUCCGCAAAUUUACACCAGUUGUGUUAAGCCCCUUAGCAUCAGCUCUGGGUACUCUGCUUUGUGCGUACAAGGGCGGAUGUGAUGAACUGUGAGUUACAUGUGACGGUUACAAGUUACAUUACCCUGUGUGGAGCUCGCAUUGGGUUUUCCAGUACGAAAACGGAAUGAUGUGCCGAAUUUACAAUCCAACCGUGGUCGGGAUGGCACAGUAUUGAUGCCGGGUGAUUUUCCAUGUGUUUGUAUCUGACAAUAUCGAGUGGUGGCAUCCAUCGCUGGGUUCGCAUUCAUUGUGUUGCUGGUCAUGUCAGGUGUCCAUGUGUAGUUUGCAGAGAUGUAUGUUAAAUACAGGGACUAACUAGCUUUUUGGGAUGAUGUCUCGUCGACUAAUUCUUGCAAACCUAAAAAACAUUUGUCGCCCUCGUGUCUCGGCUGUUUGCACUGUCUGCAAACCUCAGCUUUUCCACACGAGGGAUUUUUGUGGAGGCGAACUUUGUUCAUUUCCAGUCCAGUUCGUCGCCGUGAAUUGAUCGAACGUCGUGAUGCCGUCGCACGCCGAGCUGAUUAGUUAUCGAGGACGACUGGCUUCAGCUGUUCAGCAGUAGGGCCAAACUAUGAGGUAUGGCACGCACGAUAAUCGCUAGAGGCCAGUGGCUCGCAUACUCGAUAAAUAUAUUGAGUCGCGCG